CUCGAAAGUAAACCCGCGGGGUUCGAAAGAGCCGCCAGCUCGUUCUCUGUGUUGAUCCGUCGUCGAGGAACGUCCAUCUCGAUCGCGUCGCGCCAGUGCGGGGGUUUUCACAGCGUAGUAGUGUGCCGCUCGAUCGAAAUAAGGGGUUUUCCGCGUGCUGCUCGUAGUUGAUUUUCCAUCGUCCAUUUAGGUCGGUUCUCAUUCAACAGCCAUUCAACAGCUGACGGUUGGGUUCGAAAACGAAAACAAAAAGUUAACCAAACCGAAACGUCCGCGCUUAACAGCAACGAAAGGUGCAAAACCGUGUCCUGCUUCCCUUUUAGGUUCAUUAACAACGUCCCGCUCUCAACGUGUGCAAACUGAACGCAUCUUCUUCGAAGCAGACAACCACACAACACACACAGUCCCAUUCUUCAACAACGAGCCCGAAACAGCGGUCAAGAUCACGACAUAAGUUAAAGAUAGAGCAAAAAAUAAUAAUAAUAACCAGAAAUACGAAACAGUGAAAGGAGAAGCGCCAGGCAGAAGCAAAAAAAAAAGUCGCCCUCCACACAACGAACCGCAAUAACGAAACUUGUCUCUCGGCAGAAAAGCGACGGGAAAAAUAACACGAUUAACGUGCGAUCUGAUCUGCCAACAUUCUGACCCAGAAACGCUAACCAGGUGAAUUUGGUUGGAAGUAUUCUGCCUUCUGGCGCCUGAUCUGGGCACCCGGAUUUCGACCUUUACGUGCGUGCGUGUGUAGUGUGUGUUGAAGGUGGUGGUUUUUGGGGUUUUCUUCGACGUCAUUUCGCGUGUGCGUGCCUAUCUACCCGGCCAACCCGUGCACCAGAAGCAGGGUAUGUUUUGCGGUUUUGAUCGUUUGUGAUCAGGUUGCCGUUCAGGGCCCGUGUUUCAUUGCCCAAGCGACUCGUAACUGCUGCUGAGGAGCACUUUUCACAUCACAUUGCACCGCAAGGAGACAACCAAUUGAGAGUUGGGGUUGGCCACAUUCGCGGCUUGAUUAGGAGCUUCGAUAAAUCGAACGAAACGGGACUACGACACGCGACACACCAUAUCCCAGGCAGCUCAGAGACAAAGGUCAACCUUCUUUUAUUUUGUGUGUGUGGUUAACACAAGCCAGCAAGCGGGUCGAAUUUUUCCGACCGUUUCUAUACAAGCCAAUACACAUUCCGGAAAACCCAACGCCAGCAACGAUGGCCAACAUGCACGAGGACGAGGAAAUGAAACACUGCUACGAGAACCUGAUCGUCGUCGACGUUGGUGCGAAUUUGACCAACAAGAAGUACAUCCGUGAUCUGGAUUCGGUGAUACAACGCGCCAAAGAUUCCGGCGUGCAAAAAAUCAUGGUCCCCGGUACGUCGGUGAAAUCGAGCAAAGAAGCACUACGGUUAACCCGCAUCUAUCCCGGCAUCAUCUACUCGACGGCCGGCAUUCACCCGCAUGACUCCAAAUCGAUCAUCGAGGAACCGAGCACCUGGCACGACUUCCAGGUGAUGGCAAGCGCCCCCGAGUGUGUCGCCAUCGGUCCUUGUGGGUUGGACUACCAGCGAGACUUUUCCGAGCCAUGCGUACAGAAGGAAAUCUUCGAACGGCAGCUAAAGCUAGCCUGCGAACUGCAGAAACCCAUACUGAUCCACGAGCGAUCGGCCCAGGAAGAUGUUUUGGAGAUACUAACGAAAUUCCAACCAGCCCAGCCGAUCGUCGUGCGCGGUUUCAUGGGCACUACAGACGAAGCGCUCAAGUAUCUGGAGCGUGAUUACUACAUCUCACUGACCGGUUACUUGUGCAAGGACAAAUCCGACACCGGCGUGCGGAAGCUGCUCGAGGACGGCCGGCUGCCGAUGGAGCGUUUGCUGGUCGAAACCGACUCACCGUUCAUGUAUCCGAACACGCGGGCAUCGAAGCUGCCGCAGCACGUGAAGGGCGGCCUGACGGAACGAUCGCUGCUCUAUCUGCACCGCUACUGCACGUUUCAGCGCAACGAACCUUGCAGCCUGCCGGCCAUCGUCGAGAUGAUAGCGGCGUUUAUGAACAAAAAACCGGAAGAUGUCGCGCUGGCUACCGCAUUCAACGCGUUAAAGCUGUUUGGACUGUCGCAAUAAUGGUGCUCUCCUGGAGGUUACUACGCACGCCAGUGCAAUGUCGAUGUUUGGCAACGCAAGCAACAGCGACAUCACGAACGACAUCAUCUUCGGACAACAAGUUGAUGAAUAUUUAAACGAUUUUUCUCCGAUUCGAAACCAGCUAGUUAAGUUUGAUGCUUAUCAUUAUUAUUAUCACUAUUAUUAUUUUGCGUUAGAACAUGAUAGACACUUAUUUUUCAGUGGGCUGGAUUGAAGGUAGUUAAAUGAGCCCGAUCGCAAAAAGCAAACUAUUCGACGAACGGACAGUUAGACAUGUUAACUUAUGUUUCGUUAGCAGUUCAUGUUGAUGAUACUAAUGGGGCUGUAAAUUAGACAUCCUUAAGGCGAAAAAGAUCAAUCCACACAGGAUUUGGUAACAUUAACACCGGCGUCCUGAGGACGAAUGUGCGAGUAAUAAUGUGCUAAAUUCAUGGGGUAUAUCUCAUCUACCUACGUUUCAUGAACUACUAGGCAAUACAUCUCAUGAGCGUAUCUAUUAUCAGGAGGAGGUAUGCAUCGCUUAGUUCACAGCUGUACAUUGGUACUCUGUUACUGCGUUGCAAAAAUAGGCAACUUCAUGGUGAUAUUUUGUUUGUUUGUACAAUCUUUCUUCAAUUGAUCAGGCUCAGGUUCAAUUGGAAGAUCAAACUCCUUCUGCUAGAAUUCAAUUUAACUUUUGAAACGUAUUGUGUUUGUAUACUCUCAUAGCCCUACACUUGUUAGAUUUUUCAAAACGCAUAAUUGCGAUUGUAUAGUUGUAGCCAAGUUAUGUUAUUAAUAUGGAAUCAAGCGAAAGACUGAGCACGGAAGGAUCAUCAUGAAUCAUGUGCAUGGCAAGUGAUGAGCAAGAGAGCACAGACGUGUAGCGUUCGUUUCGUAGGGUACGCAAAGAGAAUUAUGGUAAAACUCAGUGCGAAAGAUGUUUCGUGUAACAAAAAAAGCAGUAGCUGGUCUUCCAGACGAAGGGUUAUCGGCUUUUAUACGGCCAAAGGGUAACUUCGAAAGAGUAGUUUUCAAUACUGGGUGUCAAUGUUAGAAUUUGUCGAAUGCAUGUGGCAGAUGGAAAAAUGAAUGCACGAAAGGAUAAAUAGAGAAUAGAAGGCAAAAUCAUAAAAAAUAUAAUAUACAUAUUAUACCCAGCCGAUCAACGCUGGAAGUGCCAUACUUUAUAUGUCUCAAAUAAGCUACGCCAAUGUAUGUAUCAUUUGAUUGUAUAAAGUGUAUCACUAAUUGAUCGUGUAAGUUAUUCAAACUCAUAGUUCAAUAAAUGAAUGAUUUAUUUUUGUAAAACAUAGUGACAAUUUUCUCUACCGAUAAUUGGAACUCGGUUGGAGUGUGAUAGCGGGCUUUUGAUAGUUCUAAUUUGCUCCGGUUAGGCAACUGUUUGUUUACAAUUUAUAACUGUCACUGACUCCGUCGACCGGA